CCAGUGGCAUUUUGUGCUUGCUGCCGCACGCAAUGUGAAUUUUUGUGGGCACAGACCGCGCUUGUUGUUAUUGUUGUUGUUUGCUAACUGUUUACCUUUUAGCAAGUGUUGUGCUGUUGUUUUUUGUUACUUUUUGGCAAACGUCGCUCUGUCAUGUCCGUUAAUCAUGACUACGAUCGCAAGUAUUUGCGCAGCUUACGCGGAAUCUCCAAGAUCAUCUGCUUGCUGUGCGGCUUCAUUGGUUUCCUCUGCAUCGUGUGCAGCUCGGUCCGGCUGAGCAACUUUCGGGGCUGCUUCUACAUAAUCGUCGUUCUCCUUGGCUUCGUAGUGACGCUGACGCUUGUACUCUGCCGCUACCUGCGGCUCGGUCAGAACUGGAGAUGGAACUCAACGGCAUGGUCGCUGCGUGUGCACGCGACCCUGGCUCUAACCCAUUUCAUAGCCUCCGGCUUCGUGCUUGGCCUUAGCGUUGGUGCCUAUACGGCCGCCGCGUUCUUUGGACUGACGAUAUUUAGCAUUAACAGUCUGGAGGCCUAUGGCUGUUAUAAACGCACUUGCCAGCGCGAUGUGGCUACCCAGACGGUCUAGACGCUGCCUCACUCCCCCCCUCCGAUCAAGAGGCUGUGUGGACGCGCUUAGCUAGGCGCUAUUUGUAUUAUCUUAAGCUAGUGUCAAUUGAAUGUGUGUGUGUGUAUGUGUCUGAGUGUCUUGUGGAAUAAAGUCAUAAGUAAGCUAGUUAAGCUAAAAAUCA